GCGGCGUUGCGACAGAGACGGAGAAUACGAACGACAUGAAUGUAGAAAAUAAUCAUACGGCAGAAACAGAGAGAGAGCAAACGACAAACGGCAACGAGACUAUCACCAUCCAAACAACACUGGGAGAUGAAGAUGAAGAUGUGCACAAGUGCGGACGCUGUCAGUCCGAGUUUUCUACGCUGGAGGCUUUCAUCCAGCACAAACUGCAACAUAGCUGCAAACGUUUGGAGGCCAUUCAAGAGGUUACUGUGGCCAAUGGAAGUUCUUCAGAGGUGAAGACAGCUGAUGGUGCAUCCUCAGAUGAACCAGUGAAGAUCACUAAUGAUGAAAGCAGUGGUAUAUUGGGUCGAGGUCGCAGGAAGAAAACCAUUUCGCUCAAAGUCACUGACCACUCAGAUGGGACUGAAGGAUCCUUAUCUGACAAUGCUGACAGUGACAGGCCUGUUUACAAAGUCAACCCAGACGGACGCUUCAUUUGCCAACUUUGUGACAAGACCUUUAAAACAACCAACAUCCUGAGAACUCACAUGAAAACUCACAGUGACCAGAAAAACUUCUCAUGUGACCUUUGUGGAACAUCCUUUCGCACAAAAGGCUCCCUGAUUCGACACAAUCGUCGUCACACUGAUGAGCGGCCGUAUCGCUGCACGCUAUGUGGCCAGUCUUUUAGAGAGUCAGGUGCCCUCACCAGGCACCUUAAGGCCCUCACACCCUGCACAGAAAAGAUCCGCUUCGUUCAGUACAAGGAGAUCUUGGUCAGCAAAGAUGGAGUACAGAAAGGAGUCGAAGACGAUCGCGCCGCAGUUGCCAGCCAGCAGCAGGAGGUAGUGGUUCUGGAAGAACAGCCAGAGGAGCAGGAGAUGGUCGAGGCUCAGACGGCUGUCGUCAGUGUGGUAGAAGCUGGUUCCCAGGAGGUCCUCCAUCAGGUCCACUUCACAAUGGAGGUGAAUGGAACAACGCAGGAGCAACAGGUUGUAGUAGAGCAGUCUCAGGCAGAAGCCCUGGCGGCUGCUGCAGCAGCAGGCGACAACCUCAUCUGCCAGGCCAUCAUCAACUCUGGCAUUGCACUGGGGACAGAGGAAGCUGUGGUUGAGGAGACCACACACUCAACUGAGGAGAUGGAUAAAGUGGUUUCUGACUGUCCUGAUGCGGAAGAGAGUAUCACUGAGAUCCAGGUUAAAGAAGAGUUUGUGGAGAUGGAGACAGAGGAAGCAGGUAGUGGAAAUGAUCAAACGUCCUCAAAACUGUACACUUGUCCACACUGUAAUCGCUCCUUCAAAGGACUGAAUUACUUUCGCUUCCAUGUCAAGGGCCAUUUGGGUUACAAGCCCUUUAAGUGCACACUUUGCCACAAGGAGUUUCUGACUGGUUACCUGCUGAAGAAACACAUGGAAGUCCAUGUUAGCGAGAGGAGGUACAAGUGCGGUGAAUGUGGCAAACUCUACAAAACCAUCGGGCAUGUACGUGAGCACAUGAGGGCCCACUCAGAUGAAAGACCCUACCGCUGUGCCAGGUGCAACAAGGGGUACAAGACCAAGAAUGCCUUGCAAGUGCAUCAGCGGACCCACGGCGAUGAGAAACCUUAUGUGUGUCAGUUCUGCCUCAGAGGUUUCAGGGAGAAAGGUUCUCUGGUGCGACACAUACGCCAUCACACAGGAGAGAAGCCUUUCAAGUGCCCGAAGUGCGGCCGAGGCUUUGCUGAGCACGGGACUCUCAAUCGGCAUAUGCGCGCGAAAGGAGGCUGUCAAAAAGACGAUUCCAGUGAGCAGAAGGAUGCAGUAUCAGGGGAGCAGUCUUCAGUGGACAGCCUCGCUACCGCAGCCAUCCUGUCAGAGGAUCCGCAUGCUGUCCUGGUGGAGUUCUCCUCAGUGGUGGCAGACACUCAGGAGUAUAUCAUCAAGACUCAAACAGAGGAAGAGGUGCAGGAAGAAGAGGUUACACUUAUUCAAGACAGUCAGAAUGAGAUGGGAAACCACAUCAUGAAAGUGGUGCAGCGUAUUGUCAGCCAAUCACAUGGCGCCGGCGGCACGGGCAGCCACCAGAUCAUUGUGCGCAACAUGGCGAUGAACGAGGAGGGCGCAUCGAUCUCUGACUGCGGCGACACCAUCACCAUCGCCACACCCGAGAGCCUGACUGAGCAGGUGGCCAUGACGCUGGCCUCGGCCAUCAGUGAUGGCACGCUGCUGGCCACGGCGGGCACCGUGGAGACAGCAGACGGGACCGUUACUAUGGUUACCACGGAGGAAGCAGUGGAGGGGGGGAUACAGAUGGUGCAGCAGCAAGAAGAAUAUGUCAUCACCUCCCCAGAGGAGGUGGAGAUCCAAACUGUCAUUGUAUGAUCGAAGAGGAUACUAACUAUGGACUGUACCUGUGUAGCUGACUACUGUAGACUUUCUAUGAGCUUCAUGCGCGAGAUCCGACUCCAAAACAAAAGGCCAAAGUGUUUAUAAGGUUUAUCGUUACAAAAAUAGAUCAACUUACAAAGAAAUGUGUGUGUGAAACAAAGAAUGAGUGUGCAUGAGGACUACUUCUGUCAUGUGUUUUUGCUAAUUUACUAAAGCGAAGCACUUCAUUCAGUAUGCUAGCUAAUUUUUGAACUUCUAGGUGCGUACAUCUUUAAAAAAGUAACUAACCAGAUUCAUUUUGAAAGGCAUAUUUCUUUUUACGUGGUUCAAACUGAACUCGUCUCUGCCUUUUUAUCUGUUGUAGCCUGGUCUGUUUGCUUUUCUGCAGUCACAAAAUGAAGUUCCUUUAUUCUUUUACUACCUGAAAUGGCAUCGCUCCAUCACAGUUUUCACAUCUGCUCUCAUGUCUGGGUCUGGUAUGGUCAAGUUUUGGAGCUCUUCUUCUCCAAUAGGGUUGCAACUAAAGAUUUUUUUUAAAUUGUCGGUUAAACUGUGGAUAAUUUUCUCUAUCAAUCGAUGAGUUGUCUUAUAAAAUGUCAGAAAAUGGUGAAAAAUUUCAAUCAGUGUUUACCAAAGCCCAAGGUGACGUCCACAAUUGUCUUGUUUUGUCCACAACCCAAAGAUAUUUAGUUCACUGGGAGUGAAGAAACCAGAGUACUUCCAAUACUAGUAUUAAUAAUGCAUCCAAUACUGCCUUAAAUGGUAGAAAAAGUAUCAGCGAGUAGGCAAGUCUCCUCACCAAUGCGAUACCAUGUAAGUUAUUGAUAAACUUUAACCCCCGAGGUCGGUGAUGUAUCAGAGAUCAAAGUGCCCUGUUUUCUACUUUUGAAAUAUCUCCGGAACGCUAUGCUUUAGAAACGUACUUUUAAUGGCCUCAGAUUCGUCUUUUGUAAUUUAGCCUUUUGACAUUGAAAUGUGUUAGUCCUACACAGCUGAAAUUGCUAAUUAUUUUUUUAAAACAAUGGCAUUGGAUUGGUACUUGGCUGAUAUGCAUGUUCAGGUAUUGGAAAGGGGGAAAAAAGUGGUGUCUCUUUAAGAAACCAGACAUUUAUCACUUUAAGAUGCUGGAAUCAGAUAAUUUUCACUUCAAAAAAAUGUUUAAAAAUUACUCAAACCAAUUAAUCAAUGUUAAAACUAAUUUAAUAGUUGACACCUAAUUGAUUUAUUGUUGCAGCUCUAAUCUCUAAAUUGAAAUUCGAUACCCUUUGAAGCCCGACUGACCUAAAACUGUGUGUGUGCCUGCCUGACUGAGGCCGCUUAAGGGGAGUAUAAACUUCACCAUUGAACAGUGUUUAAUCAUAAUGCAUCUUUAAGCAUGACAGAUACACCAGACAUUAAAUGUCAUCCAGUUACUCGAGUAGAGUUUGCAUCAAAUAAAUGCUAUUUUCUUAUACA